UCGGCGAGGGACUGUUGUGUGUUCGGCUCUGAGAAAAUCCUCGGGAAACCUGACACUCUCCGGAAGACGUGUAACGCCGGCUCGCUCGACGCUGCUCGGAAUAAUGACUGAUAAUGACGCACUCCGGUCCAGUCGGGCGCCGCCUGGUACUCGGUUACCCCGCUUGUUUUCGUCCCGCGCACCAAUCCGAGUCAUCCGAGAGGCCUGGCGCACACGAGCACGAGGUGCCGGCGGUGGGGCGACGGGCGAUACAACGCGAUAGCCGAUGCCGAUAGCGCGAUGCGGCAACGCGUCGCCGCGCACUUAUCGCGCGCGUGUAUGUGUGUAUGUAUGUGCAAUACCGCGAAUACGUACGUGUACCGCGUGUAUACGUCGAGUGCCGCGCGAUAAGGCCGAAAGGGGGAAGAAGAGUAUAAUGCGCUCGUUAUUCUCGCGGGCGCCCGCGGUAUGAUUACGAUUAUCUUUCUCCCUUCUCGCGCGCGAUAAAGCGGAUCGAACGCGCUGUGUUUACCCUCUAUCGAAAUUCCCAGUUUAGCGCCCGAGCGAUUGAACGUUUCGAGAGGUCCGCCUCUCGACGCAGCGGCAGUAUAACUUUCCUAAUGCGAGACGUAUUGACGUAUAAUUGGUUGUCGGCGAGUAGCAGCGAGUAGAGGAGGAGAGAUGAAGCUGAUAAAGGGCUCGAACAGGCUCCGAAAGUUCGGUUGCCCGUUGAAAUCAAGAACAGUACACGAGGCGGCAUCUUCCGGAACACCGAGGAACCGCGUUUCCCAGCCGCGGUCGAUAAAGUAGAGCGCCGUCGGUAAAACAGGUAGCUUCUUGUCCGGAAGGGUCUGUUUUUUCUACUGUGCUUCAGGUGCGAGCCGUGCGAGGUGCGAUUGAUCAAAACAACACUAACAACAGCAGUGUUCGUGUGAAUGACAGCUGACAGCGUUUCGUCAGAGAGAUUCGAAAUGACGGAGUCUCCGGGUACAAGUUCGGCUGCUAAAAUCUGUGAAUUGUGCAACAAGCGCGGGCGUCGGUAUACCUGUCCGCGAUGUGGCCUAGGCUAUUGCGGGGUCGAGUGUUACAAGUCGGACGCGCACAUGGAUUGCUCCGAGAGCUUCUACAGGCAGUGGGUCGAGGAGGAGUUCAAGUCUCGGGAGAACGAUCCGGCUGCUAGGCAAAACAUGAUGGAGAUCCUUAAGAGGGAACACGAGGCGGCCCUGGGGGAUGACGUCUUAGGAGAAGAUAAUUCAGACGAGGGGAGCACCAGCGGCGAGGAUUAUCCGUUGGAUUCAGACGACGAGCAAGAGCUUCUCGACUUGGAAACCAGAUUGCAGAAUGUCAAUUUCGAAGAUCCGAAUGAGCUCUGGUCAGCCUUAUCCGAAGCAGAGAGGCAAGAAUUUGAGGCGCUGAUAAAAAAUGGAGAGGCGGAAAAGUUGCUGCCCAAGUGGAUACCGUGGUGGACUUGCCGCGUGGAAAGAAAAUUAAUUCAGCCUGUUGAAGAGGACAUUAAGGAUGCCUAUAGCGAUUUGAAAUAUCCCGCCUUGAUAGACGUACCGUUAUUUAACGAUGUGCAGAAAGCAUCCCCUUGCGUACACUUUAACGUGACAAAUGUGAUAUACGCUUACGCAUAUAUUGCUCUUUACUACAUUGGAGAUUAUUCGAACUGUGCAGAGGAGGCUGCCCAUGUUUUUCUGACUAUCUGCGAAAAUAUGAGGGAUAAUAAGGUCUUCAAAGAUGCGGACACGGCAAUUGAAUCCGUUAUGGAAAACAUAAAAAGCGUUGAUUGGUUGCCACAAGAUGAACAAACUUUAGCGGCGUUAAGAGAAGCUGGCGCUUCCAUUUUGCAAGGACCAGGGCCCGAAAUGAAAACCGUUUAUACGUCCGCGGCACUCUCCGAGCUCCACCGAUUGCUGGCAGCAGCGAAGAAAGAAAUUUUAACCUGCAAGAGGAACAAUCAAGAAUUUACAAAGAGAUUUUCGCAGAGACAUAGCGACGACCCAAGUCUGUCGAGAAAGAGUAUACUUCUGUGCUCGAAGAAGCUGGAAUAUUAUUUAUCAUGGGUAAAAAGCGCCGGGACAGGAGUCUUGUAAAUGCAAAGUUUCGUUUAUUUAUUAAUUAUACUGUACAUUGUGCUGUCAUUUAUUAAAAUUAAUAAAUAAUAUUCUAUUAA